AUGGAGUGUUUAUGGUAUUGUUUUCACAAGUUAUUACAGACUGAGCUAGACUUAGUGAAAGAGCGCUGGAAUUCCCAUAGAAUUCGGAAAUCAAGACACGAUACCAUUCCAGGACGACCAGAUUCUCCUUAUUUUUUGCCACAGCUUCAUGGAUUGAGAGAUUAUUUAUUUCAAUUAGCUGCAGCCGAAAUUGGAUUUGCUUCAGAGAACAUAAUUGAAAAUGAAUUAGCAAAUGAUCACCAAGAAUACUUUGAAUACGUCAGAAAUAAUCUCUCUUUGUCACACCCCGAAGACUGGGAAGAAGCAUUGAACAUGUUCAGAAGACUAAUGAAUAUAGCAGCUAAUGGGUAUGAUUAA